ACCAGCAGUUAAACAAAAACAAUUUCGCAACGCUUUUCGCUUGUUUUUCCGAGGUUUUCCGCGAUCCAGAAGUGCCCGUCAGUCUAUCGCUAACCGAAAUCCCGCUAAACUGGAGAAGUGGAAGAGAACGCGCAGUUCCACCAAGAAGAUGGACGAGCGAGGGGGCGGCUCCUCGGGUGGGGGUGGAUCCUCCUCCUCCGCGACGGGCAACAACAACAACAAAUCAGCUGCUGGAAAUAGCGCCGCCACUGGAAAUACCGCUGCAGCUGCUUCUUCUUCUUCAGCGGCGCCCGUUGAUAAGCCCACGGUUCUGGAAGGGGUUCUCCACAACAUCUUCGACGGGCUGACGGACAAGGAUGAGCAGGUGCGGGUUGCCAUGCAGCAGGCGAUCGUGAAGAUCCUGGAGACGCAUCCCGAGCGGGCGGCGGAGAUCCUUAGCGAGCACCGGUCGCAGCAGCCGAAGAUGAGUGAUCAAACGGUGGCCAUGUUGCUGGACUGCAUUCGUCGCGUGGUGGGCGCAGAAACUCCCCUUCCGCCGGCUGCCAACCAGAAACUGAUUGCCCUGGCUCUCCAGGAACUCACGCGCAGUCCGGAGCAUGUGCCCCUCAUCCAGAAUCCCGCCCAGCGCAUUCUGGUGGCCAUCGGACGCAGCAGCGCCGAGAGCUGCGGCCAGGUGAUGGAGGCCCUGCAGGAGAAGGGCACGAAUUCCGAUGGCGUGGCCCACUUUAUGCUGAUGCAGUGCCUCGGGCUGCUGGCCACCGAGAAUCCAGCGGGUGUGGUGCCCCACAUAAAGGCCAUACUAAGCCGAAGUCAGCCGCAGCUGGGCGGGAUUCGUCAGGAUCACAUCAAACAGGCGCAUGCCUAUGCCAUAGGCAGAUUCAGCGAAGCUCUGCUGGAGGAAUGCGGCAAGGGGGAGGAGGAGAACUGUUCCACGGAGAUCAGUGUGGCCUACGAUGUGCUCUUCAACCAGUGGCUGCACUCGCGCGAGCCCAAGGUCUGCGUGGAGAUACUCCAGGCGCUAUCCAGCAUGUAUCCCCUGCUGCCGAAGGAUCGGAUUCAGGAUCAGGCCGCUCGACUGGUGCCCCAGAUCCUAGCCCUCUAUCGACGCAGCGUGGACAGGAAUGCGGUGACCCAAUUCCUCUGCUCGGUGCUCAAAACCAAUCUCGCCCUCAAUGCCUCCGUUUUGGAUGGCAUCAUAGAUGCUCUGAUCACCCACCUGUUCGAUUUGGUCUGCGUUUAUCCGGACUACGAGAAGCCGCAGACGGUCAAAGGUCACUACGAGGUGCUGCGCUGCUUCCAUCUGCUGGCCGCCGGCCAUCAUCCGUACUCCACCCGCAUCAUGGACACCCUGCUGAUUCAUUUGCGCAACAAUAGCGAAAGGGAGCGCAUGAAAUCCCUGCUGAUACUCACGCAUUUGCUUAAUUCGUGUGCCGGGAACAUAGAGAACCGCAUCCCGGCGAGCAUUGAGUGUUUGAAGCAACUAAUCUUGAGUGAAAGGGGCAUCAAAAUGAAGCUCACCCUGUUGAAAACCAUUGUGGCAUUGGCUCAGAAGUCGCACAUUCGCGACAAGGAGUUCGUUUGGUUCGUGGUGCGGCAUAGUUGCAGGUACUCCAAGCCCAGCCAGGAGCAGGGCAGCCAGGAGGAGCACGCCAAUCUGGCGCUGAGCUGUGAGAACACCCUGUACAUGCUGGCCUCCACAGUGGGCACCCUGGACGAGCUGCUCAAGAGGGAGUUACUGAACUACUUGAUCCUGCUGGACUACACGGAUAUUUGCGGCAAUCUGGCCAAGUGCCUGGCCAGUCUGUUUGCCAAGUCACCGCAUAUAGAGUACGAAAUAGCUGGCGAGGAUGCCACCGCAGAGCAGGCUUCGCCAGAAGGCGCCGCUGGCGAGGAUCGCGGAGUGAUAAAACGCGGCAAGGUGAUGGUCCCCGGAGCCGAGACCAUUUACGCGAGGUGCCUGGCCCUCCUGGGCAACCAGCAAUGCAUCAAACGCUGCUCGAAUAUCCUCAGCUUCCUGCGCUACUAUCAUCCCCAGGUGAAUCCCGCCUUGGAGGAGCUGUGGGAGCGAAGGAUACCCGAUCUCCUGCUGCAGAUCAACAGGGAGAGUGCCUACCGGCAGCUGCUGCAUGAUUUCAUACUGGAAACAAAUGAGUUUCUCGGCGGACUGGAUGAGAACUUUGCCCAGCGACUGGCCAGCAAGCUGGCGGAUCAAAUGUACUUGUAUCCCAUGCAAUUGCCGCACUCCGAGUGGCAGCUGCCCGAUCUGAGCGCCGAGCGAGGGAUGCUGCUCCAGGCGGUGGCCCUCACCCUGCUGCAGGUGACAGAUGUGGCCUGCAUCCACACCAAGAUCGAUCUCAUUGUGACGAGCGCGCGGCAGGAGCGUUUGGACAAGCAUGUCAGGCAUGCGGAUUUCGCGCGACGCAUAGAACCAUGUGCUCAGGCCUUGGGCUAUAUAUCCCGGCAGCAUUUGGGCCAUCUCAUCAAGAAGCUAACCGAAUUGGCGCAGGUUGGAGGAAGAAAGCACUCGACGGGAUUCUUUAGCAACCUGCACUUCAUCAAGGACACGCACAAGGAGCUGGAGAACUACAAGAGCAACCUGCUGGUGGUCAAGGCCUUCGGACGCAUCAUGGACGAGGCCGAUCCGCUGCAGUCGGUGCAGCAUUUGGACGAGGAUGACACCCUGCUGGGCUUCCUCAUCCAGCAGCUGGCCGUGCACAAGGAUCAAACGUUGAUGUCGGCCAUCCUGCAGACGCUGCUGAGCAUCUGCAACCAGCUGAUAGCCACCAAGGAGCAGCUCCCGGCACCGCUGCGCCACCGCAAGCAGAUCAUGGAGACGGUCUUCAACAUACCCAUCGAGGCGCCCUUCCACGACCUGCCCCUGCUGCCCACCAUCCUCAAGCUGGGCACAGAUUUCAUACGAAUAGGUGGUCCCGAUACCGAGGAGUGCGUGGAUGGCGGCGUGAUCUUCGAGAUCGCCUGCCGCAACUUUUUUAGCUGCGCGCAGCAACUAAAGAUGAAGUUUGACUCGCAGGAGGAGGAUGAGCGCAACAGCUUCCUGGCCAAGCACCUCAACGAAUCGCUGCCCCAGCUGAACGCUUUGGUGCGUUCCAUCGUCGAACUGGACGCCUCGCCGGCCACGCUGGAUUUGAUUAUUGGCAUUUUGGAGGGCUGGACGCGGGAUCGCAACUCCGAGGUGCGAAUCUGCGCCAGCCAUGUUUUCAACAACACUUUGGAGGUCUACAUUAAGGCCAUGAAGAUAGGCUGCGAGGCGCCGUCGAAAUUCAAUCAAACUGGUCAGAUGCUGGGCAAGAUUGUGCCCCGUUGCAUCGACUCGAAUGGCACCGUGCGCCAGGUGUCGGUGGACAUACUGCAGAAGACGCUGGAGAUCGCGUGCAUCUACGAAACGCUGACGAUAGCCAGCAUCGACAGCUCCGCCGACUGGCUGAAGGAGAUCGAGGCGAUCAAGGAGCACAUCAUCACCGACGAGCCCAAGCAGAUCUACAACCUGGCCGGCGACAUAGCCAAGAUCAUAGCGCUGCGCAUCUCCAGCUUCCAGUAUCUGCAGUUCUGCAAAACCCUGCUCCAUUCGCUGCGUGAUCCCGAGCAGAGCUCCACCAUCGGCGCCAGCGUGGUGCUCAAGUUCUUCAUCCAGCUGAAGGGCUCGGAGCUCUUCCACGCCAUUCCCGACCUGGUGCGCGACAGUCUGCUGGCCCUGCAGCUGUGCGAGGUGCCCAGGGCCAAGUCGGGGGUACUUAAGGCCUUGGUGGCCCUCACCAAGCAUCAUCCCAAGCUGGUCUGUGCCGAGAUGCUGGCCCAGCCGCUGCCCUACGAUCCCAAUCUGGUGGAGUACUGGCAUCUGGUGUGCAACGAUCCCGAGCUGACGGGGAUCACGCUGGACAACUUCCUGCAGCUGCUGAGCGGCGCUUCGCUGCAGGAGGGCGGCGGUCAGGAGGAGCGCUCCCUGAAAUUGGCCAGUGGCCAGCCAUUUGCCAUUUUCUGCGCCCUCCACGAGAUGCUGCCCUGCAAGGACAUCAAGGGGCAACUGGAGGCUCGCUUUGCGGACAUGUUCUGCAUGCUGCUCACCUCGCUGAGCAGCUACACCAAUUUGGCCGCCCCGAAUCCCGUGAACGCUUCUCCCAGUCCCAACCAGCCGCAGUCGGGCAAGAGCAAGUUUGGUUUCGUGCCGAACAAGGAUCUGAUCAAGCUCAAUCCCUGCCAAAUAGCACUGGAAACGUUUCAGGCCUUUCUCACCAACUUGGAAAUGGAGCAGAUUGCCAGCGUGCUGACGGUGAACACCGCUCUGGCGAGCAGCGCCGACUGGCACAACUACAUCGAACUGCUGACGCCGAUGGCCAUUGGAUUGGGUCAGCAGCUGCAGCUGGGCAGUCCGCAGAUGAGGCAGCUGGUCAGCUCGCUGAGCAAAUACGUGGCCUCGCCGCACGACGGUCAGCGGGUGGCGGCCGUGGGCCUCUUCUCGCGUCUGGUGCCGCUGAAACCCAGCGGAGAGCUGGCUGCCUCCAUAUUGCUCCACCUGGGAGCCGCCCUUUCCGAUCCGAAUGCAGUGGUGCGGGGACUGAGCAUCCAGGGCAUGGGCUACGUGGGCCAAUUAAGCGAGAAGGAGGCGAAGCGCUACUCGGAAACUGCCAUUGGAGCUCUGCUCAAGGGCGUCGACGAUCCGGUGGGCGAUUGCCUGAUCAACAUUCCGCUAGAGAGCAUGCGUGGGCUGUCGGGAAUCCUGAGGGCUUUGCCCAGCGAGCGGGUGGAGUCCUUCCACGUGUCCCUGGCCAUACGCAUCCGGCCGUUUCUCGGCAACUAUGCGCUGGAGAUGCGCGAGGCGGCCAUCCAGCUGUUCGGCGACAUUUGCGAGGGCAAGCACGACGACGGUAGCAGUUCGCCCACCUCCUCGAUGGAGGCGUUGCGGGAGCAGCUGAUCGCCAAUCUCUUUCCGCUGCUCCUCCAUCUCAGCGAGAGCGAGGCGGCCAUUGUGUCGGCAUGCCGGGGAACUCUGCAGCGCGUGUGCCGCCUCCUCAACGCGCCCCGAGUGGCGGAGUUGGCCCAGCAGCAGUUGGGCGAGGAGCGGGGCCACCAGCUCAACUACAGCAGCUUCGUGCUGGAGUUCGUCAAGAUGAUUGCCCAAGAGCUGACCGAUCACAUCCAGGACUUUAUCGACUCUUGCCUGCCGCAGCUGCGUAGUCAGUGGCCCGAGGUGCGCGGCAGUGCGGCCAUCGUGAUUGGCAUCCUGCACAACUUCCUCAGCGAGCGAAACGUGCAAACGGAGGCGGUGGCCAGCAAGAUAGCCGUGCUGCUCAAGGACGAACAGGCGCUGGUGAGGAUGAGGGCGGCCACUGCUCUGGGACACUUCUUCGGCGACAUCUAGAACAACUGGGGGACCAACUCGAUUAGCUAUACAUUGUGUGUGUUUGUGAAUUAUGACUUAGUAUUGCUCCAAGUGUGAUCCCUUUGCCUCAGCAACCGUUUACCCCAUA